AUGGAGAGCGAAAAAACUUAUUUGAGUAAGCUCAACAUGAUUUUGGUCGAGAUUUUGAAGUUCGAGUGGCCCACGAAUUGGCCCCACUUCAUCCACGAUAUUGUUGGAGCUAGUAAGACUAAUGAAUCACUAUGCCAGAACAACAUGGUCAUCUUGCGGCUCCUGAGUGAAGAAGUGUUCGACUUUUCGUUGGGGCAGAUGACGCAGACCAAGGCGAAGCAUCUGAAAGACUCCAUGUGUCAGGAAUUUGGCAUGAUUUUUCAAUUGUGUCAGAUGGUUUUGGAAAACUCCCAGAACGCUUCACUGGUUGUUGUCACGUUGGAGACGCUUCUCCGAUUUAUGCACUGGAUUCCACUAGGCUACAUUUUUGAAACCAACCUCAUUCAGAGUCUUGUAUGUCGUUUCCUUAGUGUACCCGUUUUUCGAAACGUUACUCUCAAGUGUCUAGCAGAAAUUGCCGGCGUCCCUGCAAAAGAGUAUCCGGAAAAGGUUGUUGAGUUAUUCGAUCUUACAACAAGCAAGCUGAAUGAGAUGUUGCCUCUGUCCACACGGAUUCGCGAGGCUUAUGAGAAGGGCACUACGGACGAGCAGAACUUUAUCCAAAUUCUGGCAAUCUUUUAUUGCACAUUCUUGAAAUGUCAUAGUUAUCUCAUUGAGUCGGGGGAGAUAACGACAAAGUUGGUCGAUGCCUAUAAGUACCUUCUUCGCAUUUCUGAGGUUGAUGAUAAGGAAAUAUUCAAAAUUUGUCUGGAGUAUUGGGACUGUUGGGUCUGCGAGCUGUAUACUGAAGCCACCAUGUCGUGUCGCUCCCUUCAUUAUCCCUCACUUUCGCGGCCAGAAUUCACGCCAAUUCUCUCGGAGCUCCGGACAAUCCUGAUCUCACGAAUGGCACGACCAGAGGAGGUUCUUGUUGUGGAGAAUGAGCACGGUGAGGUGGUGAGAGAAUUCAUGAAGGAUACGGACAGUCUGAACUUGUACAAAACCAUGCGGGAAACACUUAUCUACUUGACUCACCUUGAUCACGAGGACACGGAGAAGAUAAUGCUGCAGAAAUUGAAGUGUCAGGUGAACGGAACGGAGUGGUCGCGUGCGAAUUUGAACUCCCUAUGCUGGGCCAUCGGUAGCAUCUCGGGUGCGAUGAUGGAAGAUAACGAGCGCUCCUUUCUGGUCAUUGUUAUCCGCGAUUUGUUGGGUCUAUGCGAGCACAAGCGAGGCAAGGACAACAAAGCUAUUGUCGCAAGCAACAUCAUGUACGUGGUAGGACAGUAUCCGCGUUUUCUGCGCGCACACUGGCGCUUUCUCAAGACUGUCAUCACAAAGCUCUUUGAGUUCAUGCACGAGACCCAUGAGGGUGUCCAGGAUAUGGCCUGUGAUACCUUCAUCAAGGUGGCCCAAAAGUGCCGUAGGCAACUUCUCAUUCCUCAGUGCGGUGCAUCAUCCGGCUUCGUGGAGGACAUAAUUCGCAGCACCGAUUCCAUAAUCUCAGACCUGCAGCCACAGCAGGUGCAUACCUUCUACGAAGCGGUUGCAACGAUAAUCAGCGUGGAAACGGACCGGUCGGCACAGAACGAUCUCGUGGAGGGUCUCUUCCGUCUGCCCAACGCCAUUUGGGAUGAUAUCCUCCUCCGUGUGGCCGCAGAUAUAACCGUGCUGGGGGACGUAGAGGUGGUGAAACAACUCUGCAACAUCCUUAAGACCAAUUUGGCUGCGUGUCGGGCUCUCGGCAAUGCAUACAUGGUCCAGUUGUGUCGCAUCUACCUCGAUAUGCUCAACAUCUAUCGACUGCUCUCGGAACAGAUUAACGCCUCCAUCGCUACCCACGGUGAACAGGUUGUCAAACAACCCCUUGUACGGUCAAUGCGUGCCGUCAAGAAGACUGUACUCAACCUCCUCUCCUGCUGGAUUCAACGGAGUCACAAUCCCGUAUUGGUAGCGAACGACUUCGUCCCACCCCUGUUGGAAGCCGUAGCGACGGACUACCAACAAAGUCCACCCAUUUCCCGUGAACCCGAGGUGCUCACCACUAUGGCGACAAUCGUGAACCGCCUUAGCGAGAACGUGCUGCGCUCCCUGCCGCGCAUUCUCGAUGCGGUGUUCCAGUGCACCUUGGAGAUGAUCAAUAAGGACUUGGAGGAAUUCCCCGAGCAUCGUACUAACUUCUUCACCCUCCUGCAGGCAGUGAAUGCACACUGCUUCUCCGCCCUCAUGACUCUCACCGCGGAAAAGUUUAAACUCAUCCUUGACAGCGUCAUCUGGGCCAUCAAACACACUAUGCGGCAGGUCUCUGAGACCGGCCUUAACAUCCUCCACACCAUGCUCUCCAACCUUGCGGCUGUCAACUCCCCGAAUCAGCAGCUCUUUUUCCGCAACUUCUACAUCGAAAUCAUGCAGCACAUGUUCGCUGUAGUCACCGACCGCUCCCAGAUUGGAAAUUUGACUCUACAGGCCUCGCUGCUGGCCUACAUGUUCAAGUUGGUGGAGAACGGUGUAAUAACAGUUUCGCUGGGUGGUGAGACCCCGGAGUUCGACGUACCCCCAGAGGUCAACGUCCAGUAUGUGCAUCAGCGUCUGUUGGAGCUACUGAAACAGGCCUUUCCCCAUCUACAAGAGGCCCAGUUAGUAGUCUUCAUCAAGGGCCUCUUUGCGCUGGACACUGAUGUGUCCGCAUUUAGAGAGCAUUUGCGCGACUUUCUGGUGCAGAUUCGUGAGAUCACGGGCGAAGAUCUCUCCGACCUUUACCUGGAGGAGCGAGAGGCGGAGAUCGCGGCCGCACAGGCGGAGAAGUUGAAACGCCAGGCAGAAGUACCGGGUCUGCUGAGUUCUCUCGGCUUUGAAAUGAGCGUGAUAACACCUUGUGGUGUCGGAGGUGGCGUCGGUAGCGGCAGCGUUGGCGCUGGUAUGGAUAUGGCCGAUUAG